UUUGCUCAUAUUCACAACUCCAUCAUAUUUACUGACAAUUGUAGGUUUGCUUUUCACUGUUUCAAUCACACAGCGACCCUUAGCUCAAUGCCCCUUAACCCUUGCAGUGUUUUCCCCUCGCCAGCUCUUCAGCAGCAAUUCCCAGCUGCUGCAAAUUAAAGACAGGCGAAGUGGUUGCAAGAUUGUGAAAUAAAAAUUCCUUUGAGUUAGACGUCCUUAUCUGUUUAGAGCCCAGAUGGAUUAUUUCCUGCCACUUGUUUUUGUGUCACUCUGUCUAUUGUUGCAUUGUAGAAUAAUCUCAGCUUCCUGGGAAACUCCAGGCAAUGACGUCAGCUGCUGAUUCAUAACAUUUGCCAAAUAAAUACAGCAGCUGAAGUCCAAGGAUCAGCCAGAGACAGCAGCAGCAGCAGCAGCAGCAGCAGCAGCACAAAGUUAAAGAACAACAUACAACACAGCACAAUGAACAGCAGAGUUAUGUUCUCCAUCCUUGCCCUCUUCAUGUUGUCUGCAACUUCCAUACAAGCAGCAUCGAUGGGAAGCUCGGGGAUGAACCUGCGUUGCCGGUGUAUCAAAACAUCCACAAUGUUCAUCCACCCAAAGUUCAUGGACAAUAUCGAUAUUAUUCCACCAGGCCCCCACUGCGAGACAGUAAACAUCAUUGCCACCCUUAAAAAUGGCAAAAUGAUCUGUCUGGAACCUACAGCAAACUGGGUGCAGAGAGUGAUUAACAGGAUGAUCAAUGAGCGCAAGAGGAAGGAGAAAGCUCAAUGAGAAGUUUGAAUGUGAAGAUGUACAUGGGAAUCUCCAUUGGCUCAGCCUCUGCAGUUGAGCUCAUUGUGAACUUCUUCAGUCAAUGAAAUUGCAACUAAUUUAAAUUAUUAUAGUAUUAUAUCUGCUGCAUUGUUUUGUUACAAAGAUUUUUGUUGGAUUUUUUUAAUGUAUUUUGUUUAAUUGAGUUUUAAUUAACUUAUUUUGUGUGCAUUAAUGAUAUAAAUAAUUGACAGUGGUUUAAAGACUGAAAGUAAAAUAAUCAGAGGUCGGGAUCUGUGAUCAUUCUUUGAUGAAGUUGCGUGUGUUGUCCACCCCGAUUACUGCAAUCCUGUGGUUACUGAUCUUACACUGUUAGUGCUUAUUCUGUCAAACAACCUGAAACAUGGAGGGAUUUGGCAUAAUUGGUAGAAAUCUCUUUAGCAUUUGUAAAACAAACCUUUUUACAUUAACUCUUAACUGCUUCCUCACCAGAGAAUGGGAGAGUGGACAAGGUUUCAGAACCUAAUGUGUAUAUUUAUUAUUUGAUUAUUUGUAUUAUGAUUCGUUUUCCUGUAAUUAUUUAAUAUUUAUAUAAUUGUUUUCUAUUUAUACAUUUUUAUCAGUAUUGAAAAAUGUUCUACAACGAAAAUGCUGAAUGAUUUAUAGGGAUAACAACUUGUAUAGUUUUUUUGAACUAAUUUAAAAUUGUAUGGCAUAUUGCUACAAACUAGACUUAUCUUCAUAUAGAUGGUUUACAUAAAUGUGCAACUGUUAGAAACAGUUCACAAAAAUGUUUAUUUGGGCUAUCUGGUCUCUGCCUGAACAUAAAUGUUCAAUUGGUUCCACACGACUACUUUUUCUACAUUUGUAAAAAAAGAUCGUUUUGUUGAUGCAUUUUCUGUUUAAAAUGUUAAUCCAGUUCAAAAGAGCAUUAAAGCAAAGUUUUAAAAUAUA